AUGGCCUCUUUGCACCACGCAGCGAUCUUUAUUGGAGCGUUUUUGAUCGUGACCGGGGGCUCCACAGCGUUCCUGACCUCGUACCAGAGCAGACUGCAGGCCUUCUCUCUGUGCUGCGUGGUGCUGGGGGUCGUCAUGCUGAUCCUGGGACUCUUCUGGGCCAUGAACAGUAAGAGCAGCACAAACUACAACCAGGAGUUUGACCCGGAGUGCCCCCACUACCCCUACAACGACUACCCCAGCAUCAGCAGCCAUGCGCUCUUCUCUCCUCCCGGCCGCCACUUUGUAGAGUCACAGCCAGCCUUCAUGCCCAGGACCAUGGAGCGUCACAGAUGUGGAGCUCACAGGGAAGAUUUUGACUACCCACCGAUGGAGCAGGGCGGCUUCAGUCCCAACCCCAACCCGCCUCCGUGGCUGGGACCUCCACCUCCAUAUGAAGUGGCUAUAAAGACCACAUGUAGCUCCACUCACCUGCGCAGGGCAUACUCCGACACACAUCUGGCCUCAGAACCACUUUUUGGACAAUCCAGGGAGAUCAGCUUUGAGGUGUAA